CAUCUAACUUUGUGUCCACAGCUGCCUUCAAAGAGAUCUGUCCUGCUGGACCAGGCUACCAUUAUUCCGCUUCGGCUGUCAAGUUUAACCAGAGGCUAGCCAAGAUGCUUGACACCGGCGGGCCGCCCCUGGUCUCCGAAAAUGACCACACAUCCACCAAGGACACAGUAUCCCAACCCGAAAGCUCCAGGACUCACUCUGUAAUCUCACAGUCAACCCGAAUCCAACAAGUGCCAUAUUCGCCGACCAACAUGCAGACCAUCCGAAUCCAACAGAGUCCUACAAGACCACAGCAAGCUGACACGGGUUCACAGACCGGUUCGGUAAUCAUUAUAACUCAACCAAAACCAAACAUGUCAACAAGUGGAGGCUCUCAAACCACAAAUGCCAGACCUCAGCAGCAUCCCAGCGUCCGUCCUGGGAGCGCGGCCACCGCAACCAGCCAGCCGGCCAGAGUGAACACACCUGUUGUACGGACACAAACCAGCCGGCCCUCGGUUAACAGACAGCCGGUAUCACCAGUCAGACCUCCUCCUGUACCGGCUACAACCCGACCACUUCCAACUAGACAAGGUAAGCCACCAGAGGGACUA